AUUUUUAGCGACCGACCUCACUGCGGGAUGGGAGCGGGAUCACGUUGCCUUUUUUAACCAGGGGGAGGGUGGGGGUGUCUCCCCUCUUUUCUGAGACCGGUCGCCCCAGCGGGUCACUGUGCUUGGAUCUUCUGGAAGCCAGAGAAUUGUUCCCCUGUAGAGAGAACCUUGUACCACAGAGCCAGUGAACUUUUUGCCCAACUUUUGCCGGAACCUUCUUCCCUACAGUUGGAGUAUUCGUUCCCAAAGCCAACGCUGGAGUCUUCUUGGUCCCAGACCUGGCGUCUUCAAGAAAAACAGAACCUACUGCCCUAUAACCAUUGGCUUCUUUCCACAGCCAGAACCUUGGACCCCAUAAACAGCUACUAGCCCAAAGCCGAAACCUCUGGAGGAAAUGGAGCAGCACAAGUACAGCGCUCAGGAGAAGCUGGAGAUCGUGGGGAUGGAGGACGAGGAAGGGAAGCCCAUCAGCGCCCUGAGCAUCUUGUCUCUGCUGGAGCGGGUGGCCGGAAUCAUCGACAACGUGCAGUCGGGCCAGCAGCGGAUGGAAGAGCGUCAGCUGGACCUGGAGAACAACAUCCGCGGCAUCCAGGGCGACGUGCUCAAGUUGGCCAAGGAGCACGCCGACACUGGCGGCUGCCUGGAUAAACUGCUGCAGAAGACGCGCAAAGUCAGCGCCAACGUCAAGGAUGUGCGAGCCCGCGUAGAGAAGCAAAACGGUCGUGUCAAGAAGGUGGAGAGCACCCAGGACGAGCUGCUCACCAGGAACAAGUUCAGAGUGGUCAUCUACCAGGGCGACGCCGAGGUCCCGUCGGUGGCCGUCACCAAGAGCCCCAAGGGAGGACCGGAGGCUCUGGAGCUGGAGCCCGAUUCUUACGACAUCCCCGCUGACCUCUCCUCGGAUGAGGAGUGCCUGAGCGCCGAGGAGGCCGACCCCUCCCGGGCGGCGCGAUUCAAAAAGUCCAUGGUGAAGAGCACCGAGACCCUGAAGGCGGCCUUUUCCAAGGAAAACAUGAGCAAGACCAAAGACAACCUCGGCACCAAGAUUCACAACCUUGGCGAAAAGGUCAUGCCGCCCGAGCGCCGCGAGAAGAUGCAUCAGGCGGGCGAGCGCAUCAAGCAGAGCGGCGAGCGCUUCAAGGAGAACAUCGCCAAAAAGGCGCCCAACAAAGAGACCUUCAAAAUCAAGAUCAAGAAGGAACGAGCCGUGGCCGAGGGCCAAGAGGGGGCCGAUGCCGAGGUCGAGGCCGAGGUGGCCGCCGUGCCGCAGCCCCAACCUGAGCCUGCUGACACCCGAGUCGUGGCAGAGACAGAGAAGGAGGGGCCGGCAGAGAAGGAGGGGCCGGCCGAGAAGGCCUACGCCGCCAGGAAAGCCGAGCUAGAAGAAGAUUACGGGAAUUAGAUACCCGUGACAGAGAGACGACCGCCGUGACGGGAAGAUGACAGGAAGUAGAGCGCAUUUACGGGCUAAUAACAUGAAGUAGACCAGGACUGCAGGACAUAGACCACCAUCAAGAAGCGGACCAGCACUACCUGAACAAAAAAUGACAGCAAUGGAUUCCAUCAAACAGAUAAUACUCAGAGAACGAGGACUCCCGUGACCAGCAUUACAAGAACAUCACAGGAAGUAGAGCCCGACCGGCAUCACAGGAAAAUGGCCGCAAGUGGAGGAGAGGAAGUCUAGCAUCAUCAUAACAGAAUGAGGAAGAUGACGCCAAGUGAACCACCCUUGAGGAAGAGAGCAGUUAUGUGAAAGGCCCAUUAAAAUGAUGAUUGCAAGUUAUGCUUUGCUACUUUGGAGCACCUUUUGUUAAUACACGCUACAAGCGUUUUUUUUUUCUUUUUCCUCCAAUCAUACAAGGAUGAUAACAAUGAUUUUUGGUGGUUUACUUGUUUGAAAAUGUAUUUCUACAUAAUAUAAAACGUCACUUUUGGUGUUCUGUGCACAUUAUACCAAAUAAAAAAAUCUUUGCACAAUA